AUGGCGGGCCCGAGCGACAAGGCGCGCUUCUACCUCGAGCAGUCGGCCGAGGAGCUCAAUGAGCUUGAGCGAAAGAAGAUCUUUACAAGAGAAGAAAUCAGCGCAAUAGCGAAGAAGCGGUCAGAUUUCGAGCACAUCGUCAAUGCCAGAGGGUCACAUCCCUCCGAUUACAUGCUAUACAUCGAAUUCGAGAAGAAUGUGGACGCGCUGCGUCGCAAGCGCAUUAAGAGGCUGGGCGUACGAUACAAGGGGAGCGGCCAGCGCACCAUAUACGCCAUCUACAACCGUGGGACGAGGAAAUUUUCCGGCGAUCUGACGCUUUGGAUGCAGUAUAUUGAGUUUGCGCGCAAGGAGAAAGCAUUCAAGAGACUCAGCGAGAUCUUCACGAACGUGGUUCGGUUACAUCCCACAAACCCGGACCUCUGGAUCUACGCCGCGAACUACUUUAUGGACACCCAGGCGGAUAUCACGGAUGCGCGAAGCUAUUUGCAGAGGGGACUAAGAUUUUGCAAGAACUCGGAAGUUCUUUGGCUAGAGUAUGCGAAACUGGAGAUGAUCUAUGUGGCCAAGAUUGCAGGUCGUAGGAGAAUACUGGGACUGGACGUGGAUCGAACAAAGACGCUGGCUGAGGAAGGUGAAGAUGCAGAUAUGAUUGCUCUUCCGGACAUUACGGCUGAAGACGUCAAUCCAAGCCUAAGGAAGGAGGAUGGGGUUGACGAGGUGGCACUCCAGAAUCUAGCCUCUGCACCCAUAUUGACCGGAGCCAUCCCAAUCGCCGUCUUUGACUCCGCGAUGAAGCAGUUCAAGAGUGACUCCGCACUCGCGGAGAAGUUCUUCAAUAUGUUUGCGGAGUUCGACCAGGUACCAUGCAUCAGCAAGAUUCUUCGGCAUGUUCUGGAUCAUCUCCAGCAGAACUCCCCGCAGGCCGUUCACACAGUUGCAUGUGCUUUCCGUCGACGACUAUUCGACAUUGAACCAGCGUCGCCCGCGUUUCCUGCCGUUCUGCGAGAUGCGUUGGAUCAGUUGAACUCAGCGGUCCAAGUGCACCCAAGCUAUAAACGCCACCUAUCCGAGACAGCAGUCCGAGAGAUCCUGUUGCAUCUCCGAGCGGCCUACGAUCUUGAUCCGGCCGUCCAAAAAGUUCUCACGGCGAGACUCCGAUCCUUUUCUCGCGCUCUAGAAGAAGCCACGACAGGAUCGGGGGAUGCUAUAGUUGCACUCGUCAAAACACUACGAAAAGAGGGGAAGAAGGAGGACGCGGGUCGGUUGAUUCGAGCGAACAUGAAGCAGUGGGGUACAAAUGAGGAGCUUCAGCGGCUCCAUUCCUCCUUGGACACCUGA